AUCAUCGUCGAGAGUAGCUGGAGGUUCCAUGGUAUCCAUGAAGGUUUCUUCCAUUUGCCGAAAGAUGUUUGUCCGGUUGGUUGCGCUACAACGUGGAGGGGCGUUCGUAACUCGGGAGUUUUAGAAACCACCCGAUACUCAACCAACAGCUACCGAGUGCGAGCGAUCAGUUUCGAUCUUGACGGCGAUCGCGAAGGGUCCGGUGUGGCGGUGGAGUCGAGUUGUGUGGAUUUGUGGGUGGUAAGAUCAACCCAAUUUCUCAAAAAGUGGAGUGCCGUGACAGCGACGAGCAUAUUAAAUCAAAUCUACGAUCGAUUACCGGCUCGAAAUAGCCAUCGACUCACCCUCGGUUUUGAAAAACAAAAAAAAUCGAUACACCGCGAGUUUGAAUAUGCGAUGACCGAUAAGAUGCAGCGCACUUCACGUAUCGAAAAUAAAUCGAAAGGGUUGAAAAAACGGCGUCACUAGAAUCACCGGACGAUGCGCGUUUACGUUUAUUCGCAUAUAAAUAUCACUCAAUUAAAUGAAUACCGUGUUCCCAAUCCUCAUGGAUGUAAAUGCAAGCUGCGAGGAUAUUUUUUCAAAAAAACACGCGUCACAGUUUUAUAAUAAAUUUUCAGUGAGCCCGGUGAUCGUCAGAGGGAAAAAAGCCCGCGCGACUUAUUAAAGUCCAUGGUGUUGUGAUUGCGCCAGUUUGCAAGAAAAUUAUAUUACAUCGAAGCUGAACGAGAACGAGAAGAAAACAAGUAGAAAUAAUAUAAUAAAACGAUCGAAGGAACCACAACGAAUAUCGUGCACAGGAUCUCACGUCAUUCUCAGAUUUCAUUGGAUACUUUGCACUUUCGAAAACGUCUGAAAGUCGCCAUUCGAAGAUCCUCUUCAGCAGCCCUGAGUACAGGUUACGGAUGGUAAAAUCAAUUUUUGCUCUGAAAAUUGACCAUCCCCCAAUCUCAUUUGGAUAUAUAUUCACCCGUGGAGACUAAAAGGAUAAAAAAAACAAUACAGCCAUGGUGAGGCGGGAGGCGACGCUGCUAAUUCUGUUGGUCGGAGUCUUGGUGGAACAAUCGGGCAACACAUAUGCCGCGCAAAUACCUACCCUUCCAACCACUACGGUGGCGGUUGCGAGUACGGUUCAAAUAGAAUGUGCGAGCGAAUCGAUCGUCGUACACAUUUCCACGGAGGGUAACUCAGCCUUUCACGGGCUGGUCUAUCCCAGAGGACUUUCGAAGAAUAGUUCCUGUCUUCAGGAAUACAGGAGCCAACCUGCGCCCAUCACUUACACUCUCCCGCUAAGAUCCUGCAACACAAUGCCAACCGAACUGGACGACGGUGGGAUCGAAUAUUUUAACACGAUCGUUGUUCAGCCACAUCUGAAAUUGGUCACCAAUCAGGGGAGAGGGUUCCAUGUGAGGUGUCGAUAUCAGACGAGGGAUAAAAUUGUAACGAACGAUAACACGCACGUGGCAAUGUUGCAGUCGCUGCCAUUACAGGCAACUGCACCGAUGCCUGGAUGUACGAUGAAGAUUUUCAGCGGAGAUCCGAUGCAACAUCAGGUAGCUGAAAACGUAAAAAUUGGCGACCCCUUGACAUUGGUCAUCAGCAUCGAUGCCCAAGAAAUGUUUGGACUCAGAAUAUCCGAUUGUCUUGUUCGGGAUGGCCUCGGAUGGGGUGAACAGAGACUAAUCAACGACGAGGGAUGCCCGGUAGAUAAGGAGAUCAUGGGUCAAUUCGUCUACAGCGAAGACAAGACAAAGGCGCAGGUCAACUUCCAGGCUCACAAAUUUCCUUACAUAGCCAGUGUCUACUAUCAGUGCAACGUACAGCUCUGCGUUAAACAAGGUGGCGGAUGUGAAAACACGCCGCCGUCCUGCGAUGCUGGAAGGAGACGAAGGAGGGAUCUGACCGAUGGAAAAUCCAGGUCGGAUACGAACACGAUGGAAGGUCUUCCCGAUGGCGAAACUCCAGCUACGAUCGAAGUCUACAGUGGUCUCUAUGUCAACGAAGCUUCCGACGCCAGUUCAAAGUUCGAUUACCUCGACGAGGUCUCUAAAGAAAGGACCAUAGACGACCCCAACAACAUAUGUAUAUCGCAGAGGAGCUUCGCGAUAGGCAUAGCGAUAGCUGGAUUGAUUUUGAUGCUCGCGGUGGUAGCCGCGAUAUUGGUUCUCCUUGCGAGAAGACGACACAAGAGUAUAUCGACGACCGGAUCAUCGAUUUACAGUAGUCCUUACACGAACACUGCGUACAGUCAUAGCAGUUAAAAGCUCAGACUCUGAGUCUUUGCCCAGUUUGAUAUUAAUUUUUGGCGUAUAAUCAAAGUAUUCAGUGGUAACUUGUGUCCUAUUCUGUUUGAAAUUUGCUAAUCUCAUCGGCAUUUUGAAACGAAAGGUAGUUACAUUACAAGGUAGUAACAACAAAGGUGCUGCGUCGCUCGAUGAUAUUUGCAAAAUAUAAAAUUUUCAAACAAACUCUUCACUGAGGCGCUCCCAGCGGAUUAAUCGAGGAGAAGAUAUUUUAUUUCCGUUCACGUAUACGUAAAGUAUACCGGCCUGGGUACGCGCCAUCUUAGACAAUAGUUACCCUAAUUUUCAAAACCGAAUCUGCUAUGAUGCUUACGCCGUUUUAAUUAGCGUAAUAAUUAUUUACAUUAAACUAUAUUCGGUUAUUAUAUCAGCAGUAGUUCACGGUUUUAAUUAUCAAGAAUGUUAACGUGUUCCUAUAGAGAAACGUCGCUAAAUCGGAUCGAGCGAAUGGAAUUCUUAAUCGUUAAGUUUUCAAUAAGGACCGGAGACUACAUUAUCGUUUCUCCUUGCAUCACGUUACUUUCCUACUGUGCAAUAUACAUCCGUCCCUGUUAUAAAAUACUGAGAAGAUUAAGAUUGUCUUACGCCACAGAGAAUGACGAACUAUCUUUUCUCAACUCAUUGUCCUCUACCUAGUUUAUAAUCCAAUAACGCUUGCUCAUUUAAUAUUGAUUAGGUAUAUAUUGUGAGGUGUUCCAUGUUGAUUUGAAUCUGAUCCUUGGCCUGGAUCAAAAUGUUUUGCGAUAUAUUGACCAAUGAACUCAAAAAAUAUCGACUUCAGAUAUAGUGAACCUGUGUCUGUGUCUUGUUUGAUUAUAAACUCUUUUUAUUUGUUUGAAAAAGAUAUUAAAAUUAGCAUGGAAGACGGAGGUAAAAGCUAAACAUUAAUAAUAAUAAUAGCGAUAAUGAUAAUAAAUAAAUCAAGUCAAGGUGCUGCUCUUGUGUUAGUGCUCUUGUAAAAUUAAGAGAUUGUCUGUGGCAAAUUUUUCAACUGUUAAGAGUCGAAUAUGAUGCCGAUUGAUCAAAACUAUUGUGCGAGUGCAUUAACAUUAUUCCAGCUGAAGCGAAGCUAGGUUCUCAAGCCUGCUUUUCAAAGCAGCCGUAAGUGGGUCUAAUUUGGUGGUGGGUAAAUAAUUAAAAUGUAAAGAUAAAAAAAACGAAAAAAAAUGAGAAAAAUUGAGAAAAAUUGAUGAUUGAAAUGUAAAAGAAUGUCAGAUAAGAAUUGUGCCAAUGUUUUUCUACUCGGAUGAAAGUUUCAAACAAACAUUGAAUACAGUUUGCGUACGUUCGUUCGAAUAAUGUCCUGCUUAGGUAUAUUAUUUUUUACUUGACUAUAGUAGAGAAAAAUAGAAACAGAAAGACAACGGAAACUUGAUCUGAGUAUAAUCGCGGGCUGGAUUUGUUUGAGAAGUACUUUAUUGUCGAAGAAAAGUAUUUUUCGAACUUCGUGGCGCUGGUUCAAAGUAACAUUAUGGUAUAAGUAAAACUGUAUAGAUUUAAUAUGUGUAACGGGGAAGCCUGCAAUGUUACUCUGGACCUUUGUCAAAGACGACUAAGGAUAUUGUAAAUAAUAAAAUUUAUGUACUCGACUGUUUUUCUCCGAAAACGAAUUAAUACGUAUUUUCAUAGCCGAAA